CUGGCCACGUUAUAGCAGCAAUAGACAUGGGGGUAGCAGCGCAGUGUAGGGAGAGACAUAGAGGAGAGCAGGGAGCCAGAGAGACAAGAGAGGAGGGAGGGAGGCAGCCACUUCCGCACCAAAUGAGCUCAAGCUCAUCAUCAUCUACAGCAGAGCACAUCUCUGAUCACACACACACGUGCACACACGGUAGCCUGCUGCAGCCAUAAGAAAACAGAGCCAGAGGAGCACGCAGGAAGACACAUAAAGAGAGAGAGGGGGAGAGACCGAGACUGAGGAGAGAGGCAGACAUCUGCAGAUAGAGAUGUCAGGCGUUGUGGUGUCUCUGUGUUUGCUAGCGUUCUUUGUGCUGCUGUGUGAGCUGAGCAGGAGAAUCUUAACCAAGCUACUAGCUCCCAGAGGGCUGUGUCUGUCUGCUGUUUACGCCGUGGAGCUGGUCUCUACGCUGCAGUUGUGUAUCUGCAACCUAGAGCUGCGUCUAUUGGGGGAGGUGGGCCGGCUGCAGCCUCAGUUCUGUCUCAGCCUCACAUAUCUGGCAUCUGUGGUCCAUGGCCUCACCUUCCAUGGAGCCCUGGGGAACCCCUGUAGCACGCUGGAAUACACGUACCGGGGACGCCUCACUGCCAGGAGCGGUGUGCUGAGGAUGGUGUGCCAGUUCAUGGCAGCUAGCGUGGCUCGUACUAUGCUACAGGGGCUGUGGGCCCUCGGUCUCUCUGACCUGCACCUGAGACACACACUCCAGGGCUUCCAAUGCAUUAGCCCCAUCCACACAGACACACACACCAGCCUGGUGCUCCCCGGCCCUCUGGUCACCGCUGCAGCUCUGGAGCUAGCAGGGGCCUUUGCCAUGCAGACCGCCUUCACACACACACACACUAUGGACCAGAGGUACCGGGUACAUGCCAUAGCAGCACUCACCGCUACCCUGACCUAUGCAGGUGGCAAGAUGACGGGGGCUGUGUUUAACCCUGCGUUGGCCCUCUCCACCCAGUUCUCCUGCAGUGGGCACUCCUUUCUGGAUUACUGCCUGGUCUACUGGCUGGCUCCUCUACUAGGUAUGAUGUGUUCGGUCCUGUUGUUUGAUCAGAUGUUGUCUGGUAGAGCUUCUCCCUACCGCCCCCUUCUGGCUAACAAGAGGAAAUGACCCUGGGUCAUUUUCAUUAGUGCACACGUAGCAAAACCGUUUUGCAACAGAAAACAUUUAACUACAAAAACAAGUCUUUAAUUAGACAAGUUCAGGUAGUUCCUCCCCUUUUCGGUUCGUUUUCUUCUGUUUGGUGUCUACGGCCCUGGACCCACCAUCAAUCCCUACGAACCGAAGACCCUGAUGCAUAGUGACCUCUUUAAAACUAAGCACAUUCAAACAAAAAAAAAGACUAUAUAUUGAGAUGUUUUUUAAUCUAGUAUGAUUUGUGCAGUGGUGGCUGGUGGCACUUAAAAAUUGGUCUGAAACGUAAUGAUAACAUUUCAUUUACUUUAAUCCAGACAUUUUUAUGAGCUGUCUUCCUCUGGAUUGAUGUAAGAAAAAAAAGGAUUUCGGUAGUUAGUAGUGUUAGUAGCAUAUUUAAAACACUUUGAGAUAGUAAUUUAUGUAGAGUUCUUCAAUAGAUAUGCCUAUGGCCAACUUGAGGAGUAUUGUCAACCUUCCCAAGUCACCCCGCUCCUCCGCAGUCCACACACUCCACUGGCUUCCAGUCAAAGCUCACAUCUACUACAAGACCAUGGUACUUGCCUACAGAAUAACAAGAGGAACUGCCCCUCCAAUCUACCUUCAAGCUAUGCUCAAACUCUACACCCCAACCCGAGCACUCCGUUCUGCCACCUCUGGUCUCUUGACCUUCCCCCACCCCUAUGGGAGGGCAGCUCCCGCUCAGCCCAGUCCAAGCUCUCCUCUGUCCUGGCACCCCAAUGGUGGAACCAGCUAGGACAGCAGAGUCCCUGCCCAUCUCCAAAAACAUCUGAAAACCUACCUCUUCAAAGAGUAUCUAAAAUAAUUCCACAGUAUCCAUCUCUUCGCACCCCCCCACAAAAGCCUUUUGUGAACUAACACUCGCACUUUACUUUUCUCCCCUUACUAGCUCUGACUUUGCUGAAAGCUACUUUGAGGAAAAACAUGCUUGCUAUUACUGUGAUAUGUGGUUGUCUCACCUAGCCAUCUUAAAAUGAAUGCACUAUAAGUAACUCUGGAUAAGAGCGUCUGCUAAAUGACAAAAAUAUAAUCUAAAUGUACGCAAACUGGGUCAGACCUAGGUGAAUGAUAAAAAAGGUGCUCUGAGAAUAUUUUUGAUGAUUUAAGUUGUUGAAAUUAACAGUUGAAAUGAUCAGAGUUGGUUGCUUUUCCAAUCAUUAAGCUGUGAGUGAGUGUAGCUCCGGUGGCCUGCUACACCAGACACAUAACUUUUGCAGAUCAAGAGUUGCUCCUAUUUAUUUAAAUGAAACAUGGACAUAAACACUCUGUGAGAGGCUUGUGCUGCUCAGCGUAAAAUCAUCGCAACAAUUAUGCAAAAUGAACAAUAUCUAUGGGAUAAAAAAUCUAAAUUAAAAAAGGAACUGAUGCAGGGGCGUCGCCAGGGAUUUUGGGCCCCAUGAAAAGAUAUCACAUUGGGCCACACCACCACAGGCCAUACCAACACUGUGCAAUUGCUGUAACCACACACCUCCAGAACCCAAUCGACCCAUUCAAAACUUUAAAUAACUCUAGCUUUGCACGCUUGCAACUCUCUUAUAGUCCAAUAUUUACUGACAGUGAGCUGUGAAAAUAUAACACUGUGCAGACAUGCAUGCAACAUUUGCAUACAGUGGAAUUCACUAUUUGAUGCAAGACUGAUACCCUCUAUAAGAAAUGUGCUAAAGGCUAUAUUUUACAGUCUAAAUGGAAUGUUAAUGGUAAAAUUCUUGAAUGGAGAAUUCUCUUAACAUUAAUGAAUAACUUAAAAUAAAUAUAACUUAAAUAUACAUUAAUCUCUUCAAUUAAAAUAAAUUAACAUUAUCAUCUAUAGAAUGAUAUAACAAACAAAAUAAUAAAACUUAAAAUAAAUAUAACUUAAAUAUACAUUAAUCUCUUCAAUUAAAAUAAAUUAACAUUAUCAUCUAUAGAAUGAUAUAACAAAAUAAUAAAAUCAGAAGCAGAUUUUUGAACUGUUUUCAGUCUGUUCUCAGUCUUGUUCUCAGCCUGUGGGCAUCAUGUGUGUAGUGAUCCAAUAGCCAUAGCCAUGCCAUUUAACAGUUAUCACUGGGCCUUGCUCAGCGUUGCUCACCAAGAGCCCAGCGCCAAGCCUUUUUGCUAGCAAAGUCACUGAUCAAGUCUUUGAAGUCCAGCUUUCUAGCUAACUGACUUUCAAUGGACAGCAUGGCAAGACUGCAAAGCCUGUCCUGGGACAUGGUGGACCUCAAAUCGUUUUUAGCUACCUGAAAGCUCUUUCGCCACCAGCAACAGUCACAGGCAGUGUGCAAAAUAUACGUAAAACAAUGCACACUUCUCCAAAAAUGAUUUGCAGCUGCAUCUUACAAAUUGCAUUCAGGAGAUCAAGAGGAGACAAGUUAGGGGGGAAAGUGGCAGCAUAUACAGUGUUCAGGUGUCUUACUUCCUUUUGAAACUCAGGUGUAAGAUCUCUGGAAAGCCUCAUGAUCAGUGGAUGACACACAGAAGGGACUUUAUCCUCACUAAUCUGCCCAACUUUCAGAACAGCAGAAAAUUCUUCUACAAUUUUUGCAGUGGUGUGGAACCUAGUGUCCAAGUCAUUUAUGUUGUCCAUAGCAGUAAAAAACAGUGUUCCAAAACAUCUGCACUGUCCUGAGCCGUCUCCUGUUGAGGUCUCAUCGUGGAAUCUCCUCCUUUUCCUCUGGUGGCUGUGUUCCUUGCUAAAUUGAGGUGCAACAUUCAUUUGCGUAGCAAUCAGUGUUGCCUCAAACAGGAGAGACUCCCAUCCAUCUCUAAGAGCCCGCAUCUCUUCCUUUAAGGCUCUGAUAUUGGCUGCCUCUGUGUCAAGUGAGCUGUUUCCUCACUGGAUAAUCACAUUCCUGCCCUCAAUGAAUUGCAGUACCUGCAAUUAUGCUAACUGACAUGUCAUUCAACACAAUGCUGCUCACCUCCUUCAGUUGGGAGUAGGGCUGGUUCAGGGGUAUGGGGAUACAGGGCUGCUGAGCCAGAAGCUGCAUCUGUUGGGCUUGGCACCAGGCAGGGGCAGGGACAACUGAUUUAGUAUUAAUAGCUUGCUAAAAGUUUGCCUGCAUUGAUUACAUCUCGGCUGAAAGAUGCGCGAAAUGUAAACACUCAGAAUUUUCUUUGACGAUAUUAACUAACUAAUGUUAGAGGAUCAAAAGUCGCCUAUUUCACUACGGACUACGCUAACAGGUUACUUUCCACCACUCACAGACUACACCCACCGUCCUUUGUGAAAAAUUGGGUGACAUAAUGUCGCCCUUCCUUUUCGUUUAUGGAAACCAGAUUUUUCUUUAGGAAGCUGAAACAUUAUGCUCCACCGGCACUCCUCACUCGCAAUUCACUGCUAGCAAGUACCGUUCGCGCCUGGUUUGGGGGCAGAGGCUCUCUAGAUUUGUACUUUUUGCCAAAAACAAGAAAAAUAAACCGUUAGUUUUAUUAGUACAUUGUAAAUAAAAAUAUAUUCAUGCUGAUAGGUUAAUAGUUUGAUGUUGAAUUUGUCAGUCAUAGGCCCAUAGAAUCCUCCUAACUUUUCCCACACGUAUGCAGCCCCUGAAUUGAUACACUACCCAUUUUUGAAAUUGCUCCUUGUGCAUUCUACAUUUCAAGUGUAAGUUUAAAGCCAGACUGAGACCCCUCGCACCAGUUUGGGAACCACUUGUCUAGCGGUCUAGGCUGCUGCCUCUGGUGCUCAUUUACAGCUUACCGUUUCGAAUCCAGCCCAAAGUAAUUUCAGCACACUCCUAUCUAUAAUGAACAAAAACAAACACAACAUGCAACAAUUUUAAAGAUUUUGCUGAGUUACAGUUCAUAUAAGGAAAUCAGUCAAUUGAAAUGCAUUUAUUAGGCCCUAAUCUAUGAAUUUCACAACUGGGCAGGGGCACAGCCAUGGGUGGGCUUGGGAGGGCAUAGCCUCCCCAGGUGAAGGUCUUGGGCUGGUGUGGUUACAUGUGGUCUGCGGUUGGACAUACUGCCAAAUUGGUAGAGAAAUGAACACAAAAUCUCUGGUGGAUGUUUCUGCAGCCAGCACGCAAAUUGCAUACUCCCUCAGCUUUAGACAUCUGUGGCAUGGUGUUGUGUGACAAAACAUCACAUUUUAGAGUGGCCUUUGUCCCCAUCACAAGGUGCAUCUGUGUAAUGCUGUUUAAUCAGCUUCUUGAUAUGCCACACCUGUCAGGUAGAUGGGUUAUCUUGACAAAUGAUCACUAACAGGGAUGUUAACAAAUUUGUGCUUAUGGAACAUUUCCGGGAUCUUUUAUUUCAGCUCCUGAAACAUGGACCAACACUUUGCAUGUUGCUUUUAUAUUUUUGUUCAGCAUAAUAAAACAGACUUCAAUAUUAAAACAUUUGUUGACACCUCA